GUAGGCAGGUCCUGGCAGCGGGGAGCUGUGGCGGCGGUAUCUCGGGUAUAGCCAGCUCCAGCCGGAUGGAGUCUCGAGUUGCGGACGCCGGGGCCGGCCAGGCUGAGCGCACAGCGGGCGAGGGCCGGACAAGCAGCAGUGCCGCUCAGGGACUCGCAGUCUCAGCGCCCUUGGGUGCUGCCCGGUGGAAGCUCCUGCGGCAGGUCCUGAAACAAAAACACCUGGAUGAUUGUCUACGACAUGUAUCUGUAAGAAGAUUUGAAUCAUUUAAUUUGUUCUCAGUAACAGAAGCCCAAAAAAGGGAAACUGAAGAGGAAGUUGGUGCCUGGGUUCAAUAUACAAGCAUCUUCUAUCCUGAAUACAGUAUUUUCUUAAGGCAUAAUAGUGGAUCUUUGAAUGUUGAAGAUGUUCUUACCAGCUUUGACAAUACAGGAAAUAUUUGCAUCUGGCCGGCUGAAGAGGUUUUGGCUUACUACUGCCUUAAGCACAGUGAUGUAUUCAGGGACCUUGCUGUGUGUGAGCUAGGGGGUGGCAUGACAUGCUUGGCUGGGCUCAUGGUUGCUAUUUCUGCAGAUGUCAAAGAAGUUCUGUUAACUGAUGGGAAUGAAAAGGCCAUCAGAAAUGUGAGAGACAUCAUCACAAGGAAUCAGACGGCUGGUGUGUUUAAGACUGGGAACAUAUCAAGCUGCGUUUUACGAUGGGAUAAUGAGACAGAUGUCUCUCAACUGGAAGGACAUUUUGACAUUGUUAUGUGUGCUGACUGCCUGUUUCUGGACCAGUACAGAGCCAGCCUUGUUGAUGCAAUAAAGAGAUUACUCCAGCCCAGGGGGAAAGCAAUGGUAUUCGCCCCACGCCGAGGGAAUACUUUAAACCAGUUUUGCAAUCUAGCUGAAAAAGCUGGUUUCUCCAUCCAAAGACAUGAAAAUUAUGAUGAACACAUUUCAAACUUCCACUCCAAGUUGAAAAAGGAAAACCAGGAUAUAUAUGAAGAAAACCUUCAUUACCCACUUCUGCUUAUUUUAACCAAAGAUGAAUAGAAGAUUAAGCUGCUGGAAAGACAAAGAAAACAUCCAGUGCACAGGCAGUAUUUUCACAAAAACAGAAAUCGGUAACGGGUAUAAUAUGCAGUAAGCCGUUGGCUCCCUGAGAUUUUCAAGCCCCCAGGACAUGGGCCCCAACUGCCUUUGCAACAUUCCAUGUGUGGGUUCCGGGGUCCACCUGUCCUCAUCCACGUGACUCCGCAGCCGUCCUGGACUCCUCUUUUAUUCCAUCUGCUUGUUGCUC